AUGGCAGAAUAAUAACAAAACUAUAGUGAUUUAGUGAAUCAAGAAAUCUAAUAGCCAAACAAACCUAUCAAAUGGGAAGUCGACGGAAUGCCUUAAACAAGAGUUGGACAAAUGAAAAAAGAGUCUGUCUACAUUUUCUGGUUCGAAUUCCUAGGAACAUUCAUGCUAACAUUCUCCAUCUAUGCUAGCAAGUAAAGUCCAAUAUAAUAAUCAAAGUAAUAACCUCUUCGUUUUCAGUUGUGCUUAUGGCAUGCUGAUCUUGGUAGCUCAAAAUCAAAAAUGCUCAUUCAAUCCUGCAAUUACUACUGUUUUAUCUGGCAAUGACAAAGGUUUAUGGGUCUCAGUGGCUAUAGCUAGUUAAUUUGGAGGAGCAUUUUUGGCAAGCAUGCUUGGUUUCUUUUGCUUUAAAAAUUAGUAAAAUAUUAUAUAGACUAUGUAAUAGUGUCAACGAAGUUCCAUAUUUGUCCUAAACUACAUUUGAAGAAUAUUUCGCAGUUAUCAUUGGCGAAAUCCUAGGAUCGCUUAUUCUUACUGCUGGCUUUCUAUUUUAAUAUGAUGAUCUGAUGGAUUUCACAAGUGAUAGAUUAGAACAUAGUCUCAUAAUCAGUGGAUUAUAUGGAGUUGGUAGAACUUUAAGUUAUGUUGCUAAGAGCAGUCUGAAUCCAGCUAUUGCCUUGGGGUAAAUCUUAUGAUUCAGUAAUUAGAUUAGUAUUUUUUGAAUGUUGCAAAGAUGGUCAUUGGGCUAGAUUUUGGAACUUAUGGAUUUAUGCUGGGCUACCUUUUGUUGGAGCUUUUAUCUCGUUAACAUUGAUUAGAAUAUUAUACAAAGAUUGCUACGAAAAAUAAAUAAAGGCUGGUUUGAAAUAUUGAAUGACA